AUGGCACACCCACGGUCGCUCAUAGCUCCUUUGAGCCGACUCACGACAUUAUCAAUCGCUUCGUCGAGAUCCGAGAUACCCCGUUUUGCCUCGCUACCGUACCAGUCGAUACGAUGCGCUACCACAAAAGCCCAACCCAAGAAAAAGAAGAAGCCCAGGAAUACUUUCUUACAGUAUGACCUGAAGAAGGCAGAGCAGUUCUCGCUCAUUGAUGCGAUGCACUACAUCCGCGCCUUCGAAGUCGGCCGCAACCCAUCCUCCUCUAAGUACGAAAUGCACGUCCGCUUGCGCACCCUUAAAAACGGUCCUGUAGUUCGCAAUCGCCUACGUCUGCCACACCCUGUAAAGACAGACAUACGAAUAUGCGUCAUCGCAGCGCCCGAUUCGAAAGCCGCAGCCGAAGCACGUUCCGCCGGCGCCACCCUUGUUGGCGAGGACGAAAUCUUCGCCCAGAUCAAGGAGGGAAUUGUCGAGUUUGACCGCUGUAUUUGCCACAUUGAAUCUCUCCAGAAGCUCAAUAAAGCUGGGCUGGGACGAGUGUUGGGACCUAAGGGGCUGAUGCCGAGCACGAAGACGGGCACCGUGGUAACAUCUGUGGGAUCGAGUGUACGGAACAUGGUGGGUGGAAGUGAGUACAGAGAACGAUUGGGGGUGAUCAGGAUGGCGGUUGGGCAGCUGGGGUUCACGCCAGAGGAGAUGCAGAGGAACGUUAAAGCGUUCAUGGAUGCAUUAAGGAAGGAUAUUGCGCAGAUGAGUGAUCGGAUAAGUAAGGAAGUGCACGAGGUGGUUCUCAGCUCAACGAAUUCGCCUGGCUUCACGCUGAACGGAGAGUUCAAAGGCGCGAAUUCUAUAGCGCCAAAGGAGUUGUCUGGUCCUUUGUAG